AUGAUGGCAUGUCCACCGCUGCGGCGGUCGGCAUUGCGGUUGGAGGUGGAGGGGGAGGGGGAGGACCAGACUUGCCAGGAGAUCCGACUCACACAGGACCGGAUCGAUGCCCUCAUGGACACGUCUCUCCUCUCCCUCACCGUCUUCUUCGGCCAGCACUCCACCGCCGCACUGCUCGAAGCCAACGACGCCGACUUCAAGGCAUCCCCGCCCACUCCCCCUCUCCCCUCGCACUCUUUAUCUCCCUGCACUCCCCCCUUGUCCAUUUCCGCCUUCUUCUCUCCUCUCUACUCCUUCCCUUUGUCCCUCCUUCCUAUGCUUUCUCCCCUCUCUCACCCCUCCCUGCAUCCCUUUCAUGCACCUCUGCCAGCCCGCCAGGCGGAGCUGAGUGGGUUGGUGGGCAUGGACGUGUGGGGGGCGGGCAAGGCGCGCAGCAAGGAGGCGGUGAAGGUGCUGCAAACGCGCGUGGGGGAGAUGAGGGCCGGCCUGGCGGCACGCAGGGAGGCCGUCAAGAAGCUGGAGCGUAUGUUGGGUGCGGACCGGGGAGGGUGGAGGGGUGUGCAGGUUGAGUGCAUCUUCUUCAAUGCUUGCAACGUCCUAGUGAUAUAG